AUGAUGACAAUGCCUAUGCCAAGUAUUGACAGUGUGAAAGUAGCAGUGCGAGUGCGGCCUUUUAGUCAGAGAGAGAAGAAUUCUAGGAGCAAAUGUGUGAUUUCCAUGCUUUCCAAAACUACCACCACUAUACAGGACCCCAAGAAUCCAGAGCACGUGAAGACAUUUACCUUCGACCUAGCCUAUUGGUCUCACAGUGGAUUUCAAAAGGAUAAAGAUGGUGUACUUAUUUCAGCUGAUCCUAGCAGUAACUUUGCAGGCCAGAGAGAUGUUUUCCAUGAUCUUGGGAGGGGAAUUCUGGAUAAUGCUUGGCAAGGCUAUAAUGCUACUCUCCUGGCUUAUGGCCAAACUGGCUCUGGAAAAAGCUAUUCCAUGAUUGGAUUUGGUGCAAACAAGGGUAUCAUUCCAAACGUGUGUGAGGAGCUCUUUCAAGCAAUUAAGAAUCGGGAGAGAAAUCAAGAAUACCAGGUUACAUUCAGCAUGUUAGAAAUUUACAAUGAGCAGGUAAGAGAUUUGUUGUCUAGAACCAAGAAACUUGGUGGGCUAAAAGUAAGAGAAGAUCAACAGCUGGGCUUUUAUGUGGAUGGUCUGACGUCAGUGCCUUGUGAGAACUAUGCACAAAUUGAAAAGCUGAUGGAACAAGGAACAAAAAUAAGGACAACCGCUUCAACCAACAUGAAUGCCAGCAGCAGCCGAUCACAUAUGGUUGUCACCAUUCAAUUUAAGCAGGUUUUCCUGGACAGACAUCUCACCAAGCAAUCCAGUAUUAAUUUGGUGGAUUUAGCAGGAAGUGAAAGGCAGAAAUCUUCAGGAUCUGAAGGGGACAGACUACGGGAAGGAUCACGAGUUAACUUAAGUUUAACCACUUUAGGAAAUGUUAUCAGUGCUCUGGCUGAUGCUGCCAUGGGGAAGAAAGUUUUGCACAUCCCCUACAGAGAUUCCAUUCUGACCAAAUUGCUCCAGUCAGCUCUGGGGGGCAACAGCAGAACUACUCUGAUAGCAGCCAUAAGUCCAGCUGACAUCUGCUAUGAGGAAACUUUAUCAACAUUGAGAUAUGCUGAAAGAGCUAAAAAGAUCUGGAACAAAGCAGUGGUGAACACUUGGAAGCUGAAAGAGCCGAGGGCAGAGAACAACAAACUGCAGAUGAUGAAGACCUUCCCUCAUCUCCUCAAUAUUAAUGAAGAUCCCCAGCUCACCGGUGUGCUCAAGUACUUCAUUCGUGCUGGUUCAUGUGAUGCUGGUAAGGCUGCUUCAAAUGCUAUCACUCUUCAAGGUCUGGGAAUUUUAGAUAAACAUGCUUCCUUCACAAAUAUGGAUGGUAAAGUGACAGUAACUCCGCACAGCAAAUGCAACGUUGUCGUUAAUGGGGUGCCAAUCACAAUGAAGACAAAGCUGCAGCAUCUGGUGUGGAUAUGGUCAAAGGCCAAGUUUAUCAACAGGAAAUUCCUGAUGGAGGAACUUUACCAGCACUUUCUAGAUGGAGGAGACAGCCACGAGGCUCAAGAAGUUGACCCUUUCUGGGACCCUGUUGAGGUUGUGCACCUGGGUUCUGCUCACAUCUGGCUCCAAUCACUUGCUUACUGCAUGAAGUUUGAGGAACAAGUGGAGUUUCUGAACUGCGAUGGGCUGGAGGAGGCCAUGUUACAUAUCCACAUAACCUCCUGCUCGCCGACUGGACAAGUACAUGGUGAGGAGGAUGUGGUGAUUGACCCCUUGGAGUUGCUGGGCAAGAGGAUCGAUUUCCAGAUUCAUAUUGUUCAGUGCCUUGGCAUCAAGUGGCUCAAGGAAGAUGCAAAGCGGGGCAUCCAAAUUGGGUACAGGAUUUACGAUCUUCCAAACACUUUAUAUACCAAGCCUGUGUGGAAAAUUGUGAAUCCUCAAAUUGAAGAGACUGUCCAAUUUGCAGCCUUAAAUGUAUCUCAGGAGUUUCUGAAUUAUUUACAGACAAAUGCUCUCAUUGUUGAUCUAUGGGGCCUUCAAGAAGGCUGUGCCGAACUGAGAUACUCUUCACAGGACUUCAUGGUCACAGGUGAAGGCCAUAUCAUGGUGGACACCAGGAAAACUGCCACUGGGAUGGGUACGGACCAGACUACAUCAAAUCAGAUAUCAGAACUUUACCUGAAGCUGCUCAAGUUAGAACAGGAGACUGAACUGCUCCGAAACAUUAACAGAGCCCUAAGAGAGGAAAAUUUGUUUCUCAAAGAAUCACUGGAGAAAAUUGGUUCUGUUCAAGAAGCCCAUAAGCCUUCCAGUACCUUGAAGAUAAUUGAAAUGGCAGCACAACUGCCAUCAGCCAAAGAGAUUAAUCAAAUGUGUGCUCAGAGAGCCAGCUAUGAUGGAGAACUUGCCAAAGCUCUCAAGGUGUACUACCAAAGCAUGAACAUGGCCAGAGGGCAGUUUCUCAGGCUGAGGCAUUAUAAGCCUCCUGUAUUUGAUAUCAUUGCAUAUCCUGAGCAGAUCAAGGCCAGGUAA